GCCCGGUGAGUGGUCGCCAACCUGCGUGGUAAAACGCCCCCAGCAUGUCAUCCACGUCCACGUCCAAUGCUGCGCCACUUUCUCAGCCUCGUCACGACCAUCGCCACUGCCUCUUCUCCUCAACACUUGCACCGUGGGACUUGGUGACCAUCCACAGACAACAUGCUGCGCGUCUGCGUGGGGCUUCUUGCUCUUUUCUCCCACGUCCUCCCCCAGGAGCCCAUUUCUUAUUCUUGCACUGAGGGUUAUGAGUACGACACCGUGAGAGAACAGUGCAAAGACAUCGAUGAAUGUGUGCUGCUGGACGACGCCUGCAAAGGAGGCAUGCAGUGCAUCAACCACUUCGGGGGCUACCUCUGCCUCCCCAAGAGCGCCGUCAUAUUCACCAGUCAGGAGGGGGAGGAAAUGCACGCCCAGGAGCCUGCCCCCCCGGUGCCGGCUUUCCCGCCGAGCCAACCUCAGCCCCCGAGGGUGUUCCCGGGCGGCCAGGGCAGGCACUCCGCUUCCAGCCGCGUGGUCCGCUGUGCCCCCGGGUACACGGCGGAUGAACAAAACGUCUGCAGAGACAUAGAUGAGUGUGCGACAGGCCGAUACACUUGUGGCCCCGGGCAGGCCUGCUUCAACACCAGGGGGUCAUACAGCUGCCAGUGUCCUGCAGGCUACCAGAGGAGCAGAGACCAAUGUGUAGACGUAGACGAGUGCACGCUGUCCAACUACUGCAUGCACACCUGUGUGAACACUCAGGGAUCCUACUACUGUGAAUGCAACACAGGGCACCAGUUGGCCAGCAACAACCACAGUUGUGUUGAUAUCAACGAGUGCGACACGCAGAAUCCAUGUCAGCACCAAUGCUACAACCUGAUUGGCUCCUUCCAGUGCCAGUGUGACCCGGGGCACGAGCGGGCCCCGGACAGGGUCUCCUGCCAAGACAUCGACGAGUGCAGCUUCUUCAGCUACGUGUGCCAGUACCAGUGCAUCAACACUCCAGGGAGUUACUCCUGCGAGUGCCCCGAAGGAUACCAGCUGCAGGGCAACAGGUUGUGUCAAGAUGUCAACGAGUGUGAGGCGGGGACACAUAACUGCCAAGAGGGGGAGAUGUGUUGGAACUACUACGGAGGCUUCCGCUGCUAUCCCAGAAACCCCUGCGAGACGCCCUACACCCAAACGUCAGAAAACCGCUGCGUCUGCCGCUCCCAGACGGAGUGCCACGGUCUGCCCCCGUCCAUCGUCUACAAGUACAUGAGCAUCCAGGCGGAGCGCCCCGUGCCGGCUGACAUCUUCCAGAUUCAAGCCACCAAUAUGUACGCCAACACCCACAACACCUUCCGGAUCAAAGCUGGCAACGAGGCAGGAGAUUUCUUUCUCCGGCGUUCCAGCAACGUGAGCGCCAUGCUGGUGCUCACCAAGCCUCUGUCGGGCCCCCGGGAGUACGUGGUGGACUUGGAGAUGAUCACGCAGCACCUGAACAUGAACUACCGCUCCAGCUCCCUGCUCAGGCUCACCGUCAUCGUCGGGGCGUACGCCUUCUGAGCGCCGCGGCGAUGACGACGAGAGCAACGUUUCCUUUAGGCUACAUUAUAGCGCUUAUAAUGGGAGAGGCGGCACAACACUUACAGUAAGAUCCUCUUUUUCUGCAUGAUGAUGAUGAUGAUGAUGACUAUGAUGAUGAUUCGGGUGAACUCGAAAAAGAGCGCUUAACCAUUUUUACAAGAAAAAAAUGACUUCAGAGUCAAGAAUUGCGUUGAAAUUACGGAAACAUAAGUGUAAGUACCGCAUUUUUCGGAGUAUAAGUCGCACCUGCCGAAAAUGCAUAAUAAAGAAGGGAAAAACAUACAAGUUAGUUUCAAGUCUUUUUAGAAAUGACAGAGGGAAACUCAUCUAAAAUGUGAAGUGAAGUGAAUUAUAUUUAUAUAGCGCUUUUCUCGAGUGACUCAAAGCGCUUUACAUAGUGAAAGCCAAUAUCUAAGUUACAUUUAAAGCAGUGUGGGUGGCACUGGGAGCAGGUGGGUAAAGUGUCUUGCCCAAGGACACAACGGCAGUGACUAGGAUGGCGGAAGCGGGAAUCGAACCUGCAACCCUCGAGUUGCUGGCACUGCCACUCUACCAAUCGGGCUAUGCCACAGAGAAUAAUGUUAUUUCCGCAAUUUGUGUGAAGUGAAGUGUUGCAUUCUUAUUAUAAAAAGUGUAACUAGGAUCCAAUCCGGAUUAAACCAGGUUUUAUAUUAAAGCUUCUGAUACUUCACAAGUCACUAAGAUUUUGUUCACUUCCAAUCAGAAUUGAUAUAGACAAACAGUAGUGUAAUUAGAUUCCAUUUGAAAUGCUUUCCUAUUUCAUAUCAGGAUUGGAUCCGGAUUUGACUUAGUCUGUUUACACCGCGUUCAAGACAUCUCUGCCAUUUCAAAGCGUCCGAUCUUUCCUAAACAUUUAACAGUUUGCUCAAUUCCAUUAAUAAUGGACAUAGAUCAACUAUAAAUAUAUGUUAAAUAGAAUUACUGUACAUUUUAUGUGCUAGACUGCUUAAACAUCUACCGGUGAUCUUUUUCAAAGCGGAUCAAUUUUAACGGAAUAAUUAUUUCGAUCUAGAUUUGAUUUAGUUGGUUUACAUAGCGUUCAAGACUUCAUUGCAACUUAGUUUCAAGUCUUUUUAGAAUCGACAGAGGGAUUCUCACCUAAAAUGUGAAGUGUUGCAUUCUGAUUAUAAAAAGUGUAACUAAAAUCCAAUCCGGAUUAAACCUGGUUUGAUAUUAAAGCUUCUAAUCCUUCACAAGUCACUAAGAUUUUCCUCACUUCCAAUAAGAAUUGGAAUUUAUAUACAGUAAUGUAAGUGUAAGUGUAGAUUGAAAUUAAAUUGCUUUCUAAUUUACCACCAUGAUUGGAUCUGGAUUUGGUUUAGUUUGUUUACAUAGCGUUCAAGACAGCAUUGCCAUCUACAAUUAGUUUCAAGUCUUUUUAGAAUUGACAGAGAGAUACUCAUCUAAAAUGUGAAGUGAAGUGUUGCAUUCUUAUUAUAAAAAGUGUAACAAGGAUCCAAUCCGGAUUAAACCUGGUUUAAUAUUGAAGCUUCUGAUCCUUCAUAAAUCACUUCCAAUAAGAAUUGAUAUUGAUAUCCAGUAGUGUAAAUAGAUUUAAUUUAAAUUGCUUUCUAAUUUGCCACCAGGAUUGGAUCUGGAUUUGAUUUAGUUUGUUUACUUAGCGUUCAAGACUCCAUUGCCAUGUAAACUUAGUUUUAAGUCUUUUUAGAAUUGACAGAGGGAAACACACCUAAAAUGUGAAAUGAGGUGUUACAUUAUGAUUUUAAAAAUUGUAGCUAGGAUCUAAUACGGAUUAAACCUGGUUUAAUAUCAAAGCUUCUGAUCCUUCAUAACUCUGUACGAUUUUGCUCACUUCCAAUAAGAAUUAAUAUUGAUAUACAGUCGUGUAAAUAGAUUGAAUUUAAAUUGCUUUCUAAUUUGCCACCAGGAUUGGAUCUGGAUUUGAUUUAAUUUGUUUACAUAGCGUUCAAGACUACAUUGCCAUCUAAACUUAGUUUUAAGUCUUUUUAGAAUUGACAGAGGGAAACACACCUAAAAUGUGAAGUGAGGUGUUACAUUAUGAUUUCAAAAAUUGUAACUAGGAUCUAAUCCGGAUUAGACCUGGUUUAAUAUUUAAAGCUUGUGAUCCUUCAUAAAUCUCUAAGAUUUUGUUCACUUCCAAUAAGAAUUGAUGUCGAUAUACAGUAGUGUAAGUAGAUUGAAUUUAAAUUGCUUUCUAAUUUGCCACCAGGAUUGGAUCUGGAUUUGAUUUAAUUUGUUUACAUAGCGUUCAAAACUGCAUUGCCAUCUAAACUUAGUUUUAAGUCUUUUUAGAAUUGACAGAGGGAAACACACCUAAAAUGUGAAGUGAGGUGUUACAUUAUGAUUAUAAAAAGUCUAACAAGGAUCCAAUCCGGAUUAAACCUGGUUUAAUAUUGAAGCUUCUGAUCCUUCAUAAAUCUCUAAGAUUUUGCUCACUUCCAAUAAGAAUUGAUAUUGAUAUACAGUAGUGUAAGUCGAUCGAAUUUAAAUUGCUUUCUAAUUUGCCACCAGGAUUGGAUCUGGAUUGGGUUUAGUUUGUUUACAUAGCGCUUAAGACCGCAUUGUAAUUUAGUUUCAAGUAUUUUUAGAAUUGACAGAGGGAUACGCACCUAAAAUGUGAAGUGUUGCAUUCUGAUUAAAAAAAAGUGUAACUAGGAGUCAAUCCGGAUUCAACCUGGUUUGUUAUUAAAGCUUCUGAUCCUUCACAAGUCACUAAGAUUUUCCUCACUUCCAAUAAGUAUUGAUAUAAACAUACAUUAGUGUAAGUAGAUUCAAUUUGAAAUGCUUUCCUAUUUCACAUCAGGAUUGGAUCCGGAUUUGAAUUUGUCUGUUUACACCGCGUUCAUGACUUCUUUACCAUCUCAAAGCGUCCGAUCUUUCCUAAACAUGUAGCAGUUUUCUCAAUGGACAUAGAUCAACUAUAAGUAUAUGUUCAAUAGAAUUACUGUACAUUUUAUGUGCUGGACUGCUUAAACAUCUCCCGGUGAUCUUUUUCAAAGUGGAUCAAAUUGAAUGGAAUAUUUAUUUUAUGUCGCUCAUCAUCCGUGUUGAUUUUUUUUGUCAAAAGAGUCAUCAUCAUCGUCAUUUGUGUACCGUUGUGCUCAUGAGCAACAAUUUCCCGGAAAGCUUCAGUGUGUGUGUGUGUGUGUGUGUGUGUGUGUGUGUGUGUGUGUGUGUGUGUGUGUGUGUGUGUGUGUUAGGUGGGUAAGAGUGGCCUCAAAAGGUGCCUUUAAAGUGGUGGAGCUGUAUUUAGCAGCUUUCACUGAUGCACUCUUAAUAGUCCGGCCGGGCGAGCUAAUAACAGCCAACCCUGAGAAGCACGCACAGGAAAUUUGGACUUUGGUAACACAACCUGUUCUGGAACAAGACCGCCUUUUGGGUCUCACGGUGAAGGAGUCACACUGGCACCAUUGCCGGCGUUGCGUGAUGGCGCUAAUUACAGCGCCGCGGCCCCCGACGCGGAUUCAUUAGUGCAAAUAUCAGCCCACCCUCUAUGUUUGUGUGUGUGUGUGUGUGUGUGUGUGUGUGUGUGUGUGUGUGUGUGUGUGUGAGAGCGCAACUACUAACGUCUUUUGAACUUUUUAUUUUACUUGCUUCAAUGUGUUCAGCAGCCAAUUGUGCCUUAGUGAGAGCGCCAGAACAAAAUCCCAACAAAUAACAAGCACUAAUCCAAUCAUUCACGCUUACAAUAUAUUGUUUAUACGUAUCAUUUUUGUCUCUUUUAUAUUUAAGAUAUAUUUUUGAUGUGUAUCUUGUAUCAAAUUUUUGUACCCCGAAGUGUGUGUGUGUGUGUGUGUAUUUGUAUGUGUGUGUGUGUUUGGGGCGGGGGGUUAUUUUGUGGAAUAAAAUAUGAUUUCCAAACCAAAGCAAAGAAA